AUGUCGCGUUUCUUCUACGGCAGCAGCGACAGCGAGUCCUCCACGUCCGAUGAGGAGGACGUUCUCUCCGGCCGCGAGGAGGAUGAGGAGGAGUCUUCGGAGGAGGAAUCCUCCGAUGAGGAAGUCUCUGCGGACGAGGAAUCCGACGAUGAAGAGACCGGUGCCAACAAGUUCUUGAAGGGUGCCCUUGAAAGCGAUGAAAGCGAGGAUGAGGAGAAAGUCACGAUCGUCAAGAGUGCGAAGGACAAGCGACUCGAAGGAUUGGAGAACACCAUCCGGCUGAUCGAGAACGCUGAGAAGAUUAAUGACUGGGUUGUCAUUUCAUCCGAAUUCGACAACUUGAACCGGCAAGUCGUGAAGAUCACCCAGGCCGGCCAGACCCCCAAGGUGUACAUCAAGGCCGUUGCCGACCUGGAGGACUUUGUCAACGAGACCAUCGCCAAGCAAAAGUCGUCGAACAAGAAGCCCAUGAACGCCCUGAAUACCAAGGGCUUCAACGUGGUUAAGCAGCGUGUCAAGAAGAACAACAAGGAUUACGCCGCGCAGAUCGAGAAGUACCGUGAGGCCAAGGACGAUUUCAUGGAGAGCGAGGAGGAGGAGAAGCCCGCGCCUGCCCCUGUCUCCAAGCCGACCAAGGUCGAGAAGAUCCAGAACUUUGCCGCCGCCGCGGCCGCUGCUGAUGAUGAGGACUUUGUAACGGUUGGCCGUGGUGGCAAGACCCUGCAGUACACCCCCGAGAGCAUUCUCAAGCACCUCCGAGUCAUCGUCGAGUCGCGAGGAAAAAGAACACCGACCAUCCGCACCAUGGAGAAGCUCCUAGAGGUUGCCAACACCCCAUACCAGCGCAUCCGGGUUUACAUGGCCCUCAUCUCCACCCGCUUCGACCUUACCGCUUCGUCCACAGCCAACUACAUGGGCCCUGAUCAGUGGAAGCUCGCAGACCAAGAAUUUUCUUCUCUUUUGUCGGUGCUGGAGGAGAACCGCAACUUUGUGGUCAGCGAAGGUGCUGAGGAGUGGGAGGAUGACGAGAAGCAACCGCAGCUCGAGCCCGGCCAGAUCUUUUACAUCCCCGGCAGCAUCGUCUCGUACGUCGAGCGGUUGGAUGAUGAGCUCACCCGCUCUCUGCAGCAAAUCGACCCGCACACUGCCGAGUACAUCGAGCGCCUGAGUGACGAGCAGCAGCUGUAUAACAACAUUGUCCGGGCCCAGCUCUACUCGGAGACCCUCAACACCAACGACAAGAGUGAUUCUCGGCAAGACAAUGUGAACCGAGUGGUGAUCCGCCGGUUGGAGCACGUCUACUUCAAGCCUUCGUCAGUGGUGUCCAUCCUGGAAGACGGCACAUGGAAGGCCAUGCCGCCGAAGCUGGACUCGUCUGUCACCCCUCGCGCCCAGGCGGGCGAUGUCACUGUUCUCAUUCAAACCCUUUGCAACUACCUGUUCCAGUACAGCGAUGGCAUCAUCCGCGCGCGGGCCAUGCUGUGCCAGAUCUACUUCCUCGCCCUGCACGACCACUACUACCGCUCUCGCGACCUUAUGCUCAUGUCGCAUCUGACGGAGAACAUCUCCAACUUCGACGUCAGCACCCAGAUCCUGUUCAACCGGACGCUCGUUCAGAUCGGUCUGUGUGCCUUCCGAUCCGGCCUCAUCUACGAGGCCCAGACUACCCUCGGUGAUAUCUGCGGCAGCGGCCGGCAAAAGGAGCUGCUCGCCCAGGGUAUCAUUCUCCAGCGGUACUCGACCGUCUCGCCGGAGCAGGAGCGUCUGGAGCGCCAGCGCCAGCUGCCCUUCCACAUGCACAUCAACCUGGAACUGCUUGAGUGCAUCUACCUGACUUCCAGCAUGUUCCUCGAGGUGCCGCUCAUGGCCCAGACCUCGUCCGCCCCCGAGAUGCGCCGCCGCAUGAUCUCCAAGACCUUCCGCCGCAUGCUCGACUACAACGAGCGCCAGGUCUUCACGGGUCCUCCCGAGAACACUCGCGACGGCGUGAUCAUGAGCGCCAAGUUCCUCGCCGCAGGCGACUGGAAGAAGGCCGCGGAGAUGCUCUCCUCGAUCAAGAUCUGGGAUUUGAUGCCGCAGCCGGAGAAGGUGAAGGAGAUGCUAUCCGCGCAAAUGCAAGAGGAAGGCCUGCGCACUUACCUAUUCACCUACGCCCCCUUCUACGACAGCCUAUCGAUCUCCAGCCUGGCAGGCAUGUUCGAGCUACCAGAGAAGAAAAUCGCUGCCAUCAUCAGCCGCAUGAUCUCGCACGAGGAACUCGCCGCCGCGCUCGACCAGGUCAACGACGCUAUCAUCUUCCGCAAGGGCGUCGAGCUCUCCCGUCUGCAGUCCCAGAUUGUCACCAUGGCAGACAAGUCUAUGAACCUUCUCGAGUCAAACGAGAAGACCCUCGAGCAGCGCACCCAGGGUAUGGCCAAUGCCUUCCAGCGCGAGUCAGGCCCCGGUGCCCGCGGUCGUGGCGGUCACCGCGGCGGCGGCCAGGCGCGCGGGGGAGCCCGUAUCCCCGGUGGUCAGCAAGGCCGGAGACCCGGCGGCCAGCAGUUUGGUGGUGGUGCAUUGGGCGGUGCGAUCAAGGCGUAA